AUGUCAGGGAUUAACCAGUGGCAGUUCUUCUCCUUCCCCUACAAAGUGGGCAGUGUGGUCACCUUCAAACUGGACGUGAAACAGAAACUGGAUGCAAAAGUGGACAUACACCUCAAAGCGUAUGUCUCCUUCUCCAAUGUGGUGCCGACUGCUCAGUAUAACGAUUUCUCCUACACCAUUGUGCCUGGCAAGAACUCAACUAUGGUACUCAGGCCAUCCAGCGAGUUUCUGGACGACAUCUGUGAGCCACUGGAUAAAAAGCCGGACAAAGGAGGGGAUUCGAACUCCCCUCCCAAUCCAGAUGACUCACACACUCUCAACUUUGCCAUCAUCCCCAUCAUCAUCCCUCUAUACCACUCGGGUGGCACGGCGAAACCAGGCGCAGGCUCUAUAGACUACUUGUGGCCUUCGGAUUACUACCCCUCUUUUGGCAUUGGAGUAGACAUUAACGAUCCGACGACAACGUCCCUGACAACAAGUAGCACCACUAGUUCUACGAGUAGCGGCACGAGCAGCUCAACCACGAGCAGUACGACUAGCUCUACGACUAGCUCAACCACUAGUAGUUCUACUAGUUCGACUACAAGUAGCACUACAAGCAGCACUACUAGUUCGACUAGUAGUUUCACGAGUAGCCCAACGACUAGCAGUACAAGCAGUCCUACUACCAGCAGUACUACAAGUAGCACUACCAGCUACACAACUAGUGCAACCACCCCUCUGACUACAACUGCACCCAAAACUCAGGAUGAGGACUCUGGUCCCGAUAUUCCGGGCAUAAAUGACAUGGGGGUGGGGGAAGUUGAGGCGAGUGGGGAGACUAAACCUAUUGUGGAGUGCAAUGCAACUUGUCAAGCGGAGAAUAAAGAUGUGGUGGAGGUUGAAGCACAGGGAAAAGACCAGGAUGCGUCUGCUUUGAACAAUCUGGAGUAUGCACUGGACGUGAUACACCCGGAAGCACCACUGGCUGUACAGAAAUACGCUCAGCCAAGUGCAAGAAUGGCUGGCAUCAUCCGAAUUGAGGCAUCACGGAUGAACACAUUACUUUUCACACUUAUACUUAUUGCAACACUUGAAGCAGUGCAUGCUCUAGGAUAGACGAACAGAGAAAAAGUAUA